CUUUGACUGGCUCAUCCACCAGCAUGAUUUCGUCCGUCUUAUCCUACUUGGCCGUGACAUGGCUGGCCGGUCAGGCAUCGGCCAUUGAGCUGACCGUGUCCAAAACUGGCGGCAAUUCGUCCAGUUCCCUCCUCUAUGGGAUCAUGUUCGAGGACAUCAACAAUUCAGGUGACGGCGGUAUCCACGGCCAGGUGCUUCGCAACAACGGCUUCCAGGGUGACGAUCCUGGUCUCACGGCGUACAGCGCGGUUGGAGAUGUCACCAUAUCCCAAGAUACGUCUGAGCCGCUCAGCAGCGCCAUCACCUCUUCGCUCAAGGUUUCUGUUCCAUCGGGGACCACUGGAUACGUUGGUUUUGCGAAUGAGGGGUACGAUGGGGUUCCAGUUCUGGAGACUACGUAUGACAACUACUUCUACGUGAAAGGCGACUACUCGGGCACGGUGAACCUCCGCCUGGUGGGCAAUUCCAGCGGAAUCGUCUACGCAGAUCAUAACAUCACGGUGGCGAGUACCACCUCCAACUUUACCUACUAUGAGACUUCGUUCACCUCGUCCGUCUCGGCCGAUGCAAACAAUGUGUGGCAGCUGCGGUUUGAUGCUUCCAAGGUGGCGGGGAGUUCUUUGAACUUUGGCUUGGUGCAGCUGUUCCCUCCUACCUACAACUCGCGGUCCAACGGCCUUCGUAAUGAUGUUGCCAGUUUCCUGGCCGAGGUCAAGGCGUCCUUUCUCCGGUUCCCGGGAGGCAACAACCUGGAAGGCGCCAGUCCAAGCGAUCGCUGGAAGUGGAAUGAGACGAUCGGUCCUGUGAUUGAUCGUCCCGGACGAGAGGGUGAUUGGAGUUAUCCGAAUACCGACGCCCUUGGUCUCGAUGAGUACCUCCAGUGGUGCGAGGACAUGAACUUGGUUCCUGUUCUUGCUGUGUGGGCCGGUCUGAGCCUGGGUGGCGGUAUUGUCUCUGGAUCAGACUUGGAUCCUUAUGUGGACGACAUUCUGAACGAGCUCGAGUACGUCCUCGGCUCGACAGACACCACCUACGGCGCCCUACGUGCCAAGAACGGGCGCACCGAACCAUGGAAUGUGCAACACAUCGAAGUGGGCAACGAAGACAACCUCAACAGCGGCUGCGGCACCUACGCAGACCGAUUCACCCAGAUUUACGAUGCCGUCCAUGCCGCGUAUCCCAAUAUCACCAUCGUGGCCUCCACCACUGACACUUCCUGCCUCCCAUCCACCAUCCCCGACGGCGUCAUCACCGACAUCCACCACUACCUCACCCCCGACGAAUUUGUCGAGCUUUUCGACGAAUGGGACAAUUGGUCGCGCGACUGGCCCAUCCUGGUGGGUGAAUAUGCCAGCACGACCGGCAACGACGGCAGCACCACCUACUGGUCCUACAUGCAAGGGUCCUGCAGUGAAGCGGUCUACAUGAUUGGCAUGGAACGCAACAGCGACAUUGUCAAGAUGGCCAGUUUUGCUCCCUUGUUGGAGCACUUUGAUAUGGCCGAGUGGUCGCCCGACCUUUUUGGUCUUGACUCGAGCCCCGAUUCCAUCACGGGGUCUACAUCGUACUACGUGCAGAAGAUGUUCUCCACGAACCGCGGCUCCACUAUCCUCCCUGUCAACGCAACCGGCGACUUUGACCCGCUGUUUUGGGUUGCGUCGGUGUCGGACGCGGGUACGUACUACGUCAAGCUGGCGAACUACGGGGCUACCUCGCAGAAUGUGACGGUGAACAUUGAGGGCACGACCUCGGGUGACUUCCAGUUGCUGACUGGUGGGGAGUCGGUGAGCAAUUACCCGCAUGAUGUGUCGAUUACCACUACGACGUUGAGUGUGUCGGGGAGUGGAAGCUUCACGGUCGAGCUGCCGGCUUGGGCGGUUGCCGUGUUGGCUGUCUCUUAAUGCGGCGAAUGUAU